GGAGUGAGAGAGAGAUCGAGAGAGUCCAUCCAUCAAAAUUCAAUACGUGGAGUUAGUGAGUGACGAAUUUUCUCUCAUUUCAUUUAUUCUUUCUUUCGUAAAUAGCCGCUUCUUCUUCUCCUUCCCUGUUUCUCUCUCACCUCUCUCUCUAACAUUUCCGUUUAACUUUUAAUUCUUCAACUUUGAAAAAGGAAAGAGUGGAGCUCUCUCCCCGUAGAAGGAAGCAGAGGUGCUUGUGAUGAGUAUCCCAUUCCAAUUUAGCAAUGAGGGGACCUGGGAUGAUGAGUCCUUUGCAGAUGGGAUGUUUGAUAUUUUAGCCAGGAGAUAGAUUACCUACCCUGGUUGGGGAUAUUGGAAUUGUUAGUGCCUCAAAUGGCUGUUGCUCGUUUACACAAUGUUUCUGUUCUUGAUUCUUCUUUUCUUAUGGAAUCUCCGUCUCCAUUAUCAAGGCAUAGGAAUAACCAAGAUAGGCCAAGCACCCGGGCAUCCUCUCUCCUGCAAAUGUGGCGGGAGCUUGAGGGUGAACACGUGGUGGUGACUCGUUAUCCUCAAGUGAGAGUUGGAGACAGAUUGCAGCAGCAGAGGAUUGACCGAUAUUUAUCAGAAGGAGGGGGGCAACGGAGUGAUAAUGAGGAUAGCUUGGAGGUUGCCAGUGAGGUUGAGAACGAGUGUGGAACAUGGACUCGAGGCCAGAUAAAUUCUCAGACUGAACGUGGAGACACUAUGAGUUUUAGCUCAGACCAUUCUACUGAAAUUGGGGAAGUUGAAAGGGAGAGGGUGAGACAUAUUUUUCAGGAAUGGAUGAACAGUGGAGAAAGGGGCCAAGGAUCUAAUGUUUCCCAUAUGAACAACUGUUCAAGGGAACAAUGCCUUGGUGAAAAUGAGCGCGGAAGGGUGCGAAUCAUAAGGGAAUGGGUUCAAAUGACUAGCCAACAGAGAGGCAUUUGUGGUGCCCACAUAGAAGAACACUCUGCUGAAAUUGGUUCUCAAACUGAACAAAUUCACAAUGGUUUGAUUGGUAACCAUUGUGAAGUUGGUGCACGGAGGGCUAUUCGCAGAUUAUGCGGCAGACAGGCUCUUCUUGAUUUGCUUGUGAGGGCUGAGAGGGAAAGGCAAAGAGAACUUCAGGCUUUGCUGGUGCAUCGACCUGUCUCUGAUUUUGCUCACCGCAAUCGCAUCCAGUCAUUACUCAGGGGUAGAUUCUUGCGAAAGGAAAGAUUGAUCCUUGACGAAAGACCCACUUCUAUGGCGGCAAAUGAAUUGGGUUUACUGAGACAAAGACAUACUGUAUCUGAUUUAAGCAGGGAAGGGUUUCUCUCUGGAUCAGACAAUUUUGUUCAUGGUCCAGCUGGCAGUAUCCAGUCCGAUUCCUCAUCCAACAAUGGCAUUAACGGUUACAGAAAUGAACAAAUUAAAGCAAACAGUUCAUGUGAUGACCUUGAACAUGCUGAGCCUAGUAAUGGCGAAAGAAACGUCAAUGUGUUGUGUGCAGAUGUCUUGGAUGGCAGCAUAGGUGAAGAUCUAAAUUGGCAAGGAUCUGUUACUCAAGUUGAAGAAGACUGGCAGGAACAAGUUCUAGAAAAUGACGAAGGAGACGAACAACUGCCAUCCAAUUUUGAGCUCUGUGAAAGGAUAGAUGAUUUGGGAGAUGUGGGCCGAAGUUGGCAGGGAAGUACUGCUGAUGAAUGGUUACUAGAAACCUCAGGAAAUGAAGGUGAAGAGCAAUUCCAUCCAUCAGAAGCUGUUGAAGUAUUUCAGGAACAGUAUGAGCUUAGUGAGGAAAGUGAUGCCCAUGGGUCAUCAAAUCAUACUGAUAUUUACCAUGGCAUCUCAGUUGAGAACACGAUUUGGCAGGACACUUCUGCUCAAAUAGAUGAGUGGCAAGAAUCAGGUACUGAUAAUGAGGAAAGUGACUGGCAACAGUUGGACAAUGUCGAAUUCAAUGAAUGGAGAAAUAGUACUGGAGAAGGCAUGGAAGAAAAUUGGCGAGAAGUUACUGCUAAUCAAUGGUAUCAAGUAACAUCAGAAAACGAAGGUGGAGAACACAGUCAUCUGCAAGAAUCCCAUGAAGUGUGGCAUGAGAAUGGUAACACAUCAGAAGGGCCUUCUGGUGGCGGAACUGCUUCAGUUGGAAGGGCUACUUCAUUUUAUUUCCUGGAUGAUGAUAAUGAAUACAGUCUGGAACUUAGAGAACUUUCAAGCAGGAGAAGUGUCUCUAAUCUUCUUCAAAGUGGUUUUCGUGAAAGUCUAGACCAACUGAUACAGUCCUAUGUGGAAAGGCAAGGUCAUGCUUCCAGUGACUGGGAAACAUUGUCCUCUCCAACCCUAGAGCACGAUCAGGAGGGGCAGGAUGGAGAUCAGAAUGAGGGUCACUCAGAUGCUGUUGACAACAGUCCACUUGUUCUCCCUUCAGCACCAGUGACCCCACUUUGGGACCAGGAAUUGCAGGAUGUUAAUUGGCCACGUGAUGACUUGCAUCCAUGCUCAGGAAUUGAGUGGGAGAUCAUCAACAAUUUGAGAAUUGAUAUGGCUAGGCUUCAGCAGCGAAUGAACAACAUGCAGAGGAUGCUCGAAGCCUGCAUGAAUAUGCAACUUGAGUUGCAGCGCUCCGUACGGCAAGAGGUAUCUGCAGCUCUGAAUAGGUCAGCAGGUUCAGCAGAGGAGGUUGCGGACAAUUUGUUAAUGGAUGGAUCCAAAUGGGAUCAUGUGAGAAAAGGGAUUUGCUGUAUAUGUUGCGGUAGCAAUAUAGAUUCUUUACUGUACAGAUGUGGGCACAUGUGCACAUGCUCAAAAUGUGCAGAUAAACUGGUCCAAGGUAGAGGGAAGUGUCCAAUGUGUCGGGCACCUAUAGUUGAAGUGAUCCGAGCUUAUUCUAUUCAACAAUAAGGUAGAGCAAAAAAAAAAAAAAAAAAAAAAAAAAAAAAAAUUGAAACAAGUUCGAAUAACAAAAUAUAGAAUUCCAUUGGUUCUUACUCCCAUAAUCUCUCGAGAUGGCAUACAUGAUUUGUUGUUCAGAACCAAAUAAAUUGCUGUGUGGACUUCUCCCAAUUUCUUGAGUUUCUUCUCUUCAGUGCUGGCCAAUGUCUCUGAUCCCAGGCAAAUCCCAGAUCAAAUUUAACUGACUAUACAGUGUUGAGCUUUCUCUAACCACUUUUAGGCUCACUGGGAAUGGUUCCUCCAAGCAGCUCAACUUGCUCAUCAAAUUGCUGUGGUUAUUAAAUAGUAGUUUGCUGGGUAUGUAUGUCUUUGUGAUAUUUAUUUAACUCUGAAGCCUGAAUUGACUGGUAUUGUGGGUAAAAGUUUUGCCGGAAUCGCUUCUGCUUUGGUGUUCUUCUCUCUUGUGGGAAACUUUAAAUUAUAUAUUAUAGUCUGAAGUUGACUGAAUGAAUCAGAUUUGAGUGAUAUUUAUGUCAUUUUCCCAUCAACCUUUAACAGUGAAAUUUGUGCUUCUUUAAUUGUAAAAUUUUAAAUAUUAAGCGGUUUUGUUAUGACA